GGGAAUGAUCAGGAGUUGAGGGGAAGGUGAAAGUGACCGCCGCUUACGAGACCUUAUCCCCUGUUUUUCACUUGAGAAAUACCUCCCUAAAUCAUACCUUAGCCGUCAGAAUUCGAUGGUAGCGCCGCCCACCACGGGGCUCGUCACUACCAUUGGGGUCGCCUGAACCCCGUGAUCUAAGCCACCACUCUAGUAUACCUUCUCUGUAAGUGUCUUUCCUCUCUAUCUAUCAGUCAGAAUUUAACGAAUAGAAUGAGACAGAAGUUAUCGAGUUGCGUGAAUCGCUGUCCAACCGGAAAUAUCGUCAAUGUCGAGUUGGCCCUGCACCAGUCUCCCUCCUCGAUCUACUGUACCUCGUAAAAUGUCUAGCUCCAUCGCAAGACAUUGUUGGUUAUAUUGAACGCUUUGGAGAACCUAAUUUUUCUAAACCGCUGUGUCUUUUUUCAUAAUUCCAAUUGUUAGUUAGUGAAUAUCAUUUUAUUUAAAUAGAUAAGUGAAAAGAGACGAAGGAAAAAUGGUUUUGGCUGAUUUAGGACGUAAAAUAACGUCCGCUCUGCGAUCGUUGAGCAAUGCAACUGUCAUCAACGAGGAAGUUUUGAAUUCUAUGCUCAAAGAGAUAUGUGCAGCUUUACUGGAGGCUGAUGUCAAUAUUCGACUUGUCAAAAAACUACGGGAAAAUGUUCGUAUGGUUAUUGACUUUGAUGACAUGGCUGGAGGGCUCAACAAGAGGCGGAUGAUAAUGAGUGCAGUUUUUAAGGAACUUGUCAAGUUGAUUGAUCCUGGAGUGAAAGCCUACCAGCCAGUGAAAGGUCGUCCCAACGUGAUAAUGUUCGUGGGUCUUCAAGGAUCCGGAAAGACCACCACCUGUACAAAACUAGCUUAUCACUAUUUGAAGAAAAACUGGAAGGCCUGUUUGGUCUGCGCCGAUACAUUUCGUGCUGGUGCCUACGACCAAAUCAAACAGAAUGCAACAAAAGCCAGAAUACCUUUUUACGGAAGUUACACAGAAGUAGAUCCAGUGGUAAUAGCUCAAGAUGGUGUUGAAAUGUUUAAAAAAGAAGGAUAUGAAAUUAUCAUCGUGGAUACAAGCGGUAGACAUAAACAAGAGGAAUCACUGUUCGAGGAGAUGUUACAAGUGUCAAAUGCAGUUCAACCAGAUAAUAUUAUUUUCGUAAUGGAUGCGACGAUAGGACAGGCAUGUGAAGCUCAAGCUAAGGCUUUCAAAGAUCGAGUUAACGUCGGUUCCAUUAUAAUAACAAAAUUAGAUGGACAUGCUAAAGGAGGUGGUGCAUUGUCAGCUGUUGCUGCCACCCAGAGCCCCUGCAUAUUCAUUGGUACUGGUGAACAUAUAGACGAUCUUGAACCAUUCAAAACGAAGCCCUUCAUAAGCAAACUAUUGGGAAUGGGUGAUAUCGAGGGCUUAAUUGAUAAAGUUAAUGAACUUAAUUUGGAUGAUAAUGAAGAGCUUUUAGAAAAAAUUAAACACGGCCAAUUUACACUUCGUGAUAUGUACGAACAGUUCCAGAAUAUUAUGAAAAUGGGACCAUUCUCACAGAUACUUCAGAUGAUUCCUGGAUUUAGUCAAGAUUUUAUGUCGAAGGGAACUGAGCACGGUUCCAUGGCAAGAUUAAAGAAGCUCAUGACAAUAAUGGAUAGCAUGAAUGAUGCAGAACUGGAUAGCAGAGAUGGAGCGAAAUUAUUCAGCAAGCAGACAGGAAGAAUUACAAGGCUUGCUAGGGGAUCUGGGGUCACCGAGAAGGAGGUCAAAGAUCUCAUAGCACAAUACACCAAGUUCGCUGGGGUUGUUAAGAAAAUGGGAGGAAUCAAGGGAUUAUUCAAGGGAGGUGACAUGAUGAAAAAUGUUAAUCAGACACAAAUGGCUAAACUGAACCAGCAAAUGGCCAAGAUGAUGGAUCCUAGAGUCUUGCAUCAAAUGGGUGGAAUGUCAGGACUUCAAAAUAUGAUGAAACAGCUUCAACAAGGUGCUGGUGGCCUUGGCAAUUUGAUGGGCGGCUUGGGUGGAAAAUCCUGAGAACAUUGACGCCAACAGUUCGCAAAAACUGUCAUCCGAUAAUUAUACCAUCCACAAAAUGUGUUGAAAUGAAUUAAAAACGCAUUAAAUACCACGCCGGUUUUGUUCUCUGUAUAAUUUUGUUUCAUGUUUCAUAUUACAGUCAUAUAACGCAAGUGAGAUUCAGGCGAAAUUUGAAAUCUCAAAAUGAACGGACGAAGAGUAUAUUUACAAAUAUCUCGGUCAUAGAACUUCGUAUAGAGUAAAUUAAAUGUAAAAGUUAAUUUUUUAAAAUAAAAUGCGAUUAAAGAAUA